UGCCUCUACAAGGCUAUUCCGGGAUUUCACCUACUGCACCUUUCUACAAUAUGCCUCCCCCAGGCUGUUCCUCGAUGCCUCCCUCUUAUAUAACUCCACCUGGAAUGCAUUCCGCUUACCUCGCUGCCAUGGAACGAUGUCCAUCUCCAGAGACUCAUUCGUCAGAGGCCACUCGAUCAGCCAGUCCACGCCUUUCUAGGCUAAAUGGUGGAUCGAGAAAUUCUGAGGCAUCUCCUAGCCGUUCUUCUACUCCGUCUUCAGUUGAUGGUCCAAAUCUUCCAUCACCUGGAAAGUUAGAUCAUCUACGGAGGGUGCGCAUCAUCGCUGAUGGAGAAGGGUUUUAUCCUUCUAGGCCAGCUGCAAAUGCAAUCUCAACAGCAAUACAAAAACUUUAUAGUGGUGCCUUCGCGACGUGGGGUGAAGUGCCGUGUCAUACGUAGCAGGCGAUCCUUAAUGAGUUUAUGAAAAAGUGUACGUGGAACCCUGUCGAGGAUAAUGUUAUUAGAAGUAAUUUUACAAAGAAGGCGAGUUCUCGGUUGUCAAACAUUUUUUCCGAAGCUCGGAAAAAAGGUCAAAAACCUGGCUGGCUUGGGACAGAUUACUGGGAGGAGCUUAAUCAAUACUGGGCUACGCCGGAGUUUCAAAAGAAGAGCGCCCAGACAAAGGCAGCUCGAAAGUCUGAGAAGGGUGGCUCAUUGCACACUUGUGGUUCAGUGUCCAUGGGGACUGCUAGGAGGAAAUUGCAAGUUACUCUUGGUAGACCACCCAAUCGUCAUGAGGUAUGGAAGAAGACACAUACGAAAAUUGAAGACAGAAAAGAAGUUUGGGUCGAGCCACGGGCAGAGGAUACCUAUAAUCGGUAUAAUCAAGCGAUAGAGGAGCUCACUAGGAGUCAGUCGACCGAUGAUCAAGGCAAUACAAUCAUGCUAUCGGAGGAACAAACUAUCUCCUGUUGGUUGGACGUGGUCGGCGGCGUGAAGAAGGGAAGAGCAUACGACCUUUGCUCCGAGAAGAACUUUCACCGCCUCCACUGUGGAUUGCAAGGUAUAGGAAGUUCUGCCACUGUGUCAAAUGAGCAGCUUGAGGAGAUGCGACACGAACUUCAGGAACUUGCUAGGAAUUAUGAGGAGGAACGUAAGAAAAGGUUGGAGGAGGAGCGACGUAGGAUAAAUCUUGAGUCAGAUGUUAAAGAACUCAAGAAUCAGGUGUGUAACCUCAUCAAGUUGCCUCGCUCUCCGCCCCCGAGCCCCGAUCAUGAUGAUGGUGAGGAUGUAGAGGAUGAGGAGGAUCAGGAGCAUGGAGAGGCUGAAAUGGAGUAUUAGGUGUCCGUUGUUAUUUUUGUUCUAACUUAUGUUAUUUUGGAUUGUUUGAAGUCUAGUGGGAUGGUAUAUGUUUGGAUAACGCUGA